UUCUUCGUGUACUUAUGCACGUUGACAUGGACGUAAUAUUUACGACAUUUCUAAGUUUUCGAACGUAUCGCAUCUCAUGUCUUAUAAGCUCUAAUUAGAAAUGAACUGCUUUUGAUAAAAUUGUCAAAUUGCGUUAAAAGAAAUGUGAUUAAAUAGUGGUCUAUUACGUACAAGUGAUCAAAAUGUAUCGAAAAAUGGUGUGGUGUUACAUUUUUGUAUUGACUUUAUUGGAUAUAUCUCUAAAUACUAAACUGACAGCUCAGGGAAAGAGUCACGGAAUAACUGUCCACGAUUCCUUAAUUGAAGGGAUAUCCUUUCAGGAAUGGGGUAAAGAUUCAGUAGGGGAGAGCGGUGGGGGCGGGUCCGGCGGCGCGGUGCCGGCGGGCGCGCUGCGGCUGUCGCCGGCGGCGCUGUCGUUCGGCCGCGCGCAGCUGGCGGCCGCGCACGCCCUCACCGUCACGCUCACCAACACCGCCAACACCACCAUGCACCUCGCCUCCGUCGCCGGCACCACGCCCGACUUCCACGCAUCCUUCUUUGACUCUAAGACGCUGGCGCCGCAGGCCAACACCACGUUCACGGUGGUGUACCUGGGCCGACACGAGGGCCUCGUCUCCGCGCACCUCUACAUACACACCUCGCUCGGAGUACACAAGUAUCCUGUAUCGGCAGAGGGCGUGGCGAGCGAGUGGGACGUCUGGCCGCUGAUCGGGAUUCGUGUCCCGCUGAAUGCGACCGUGGACCCGCUGCUCACGAUGUACAAUCCCACCGAUCAAACGAUACAGGUGAGCGAGGUGUACGCGUCGGGCGCGUGGCUGCGGCUGCAGCUGCCGGCCGGCGGCGCGGCCGCCGCGCGCCACGCCUGGGCGCUGCCGCCGCGCGCCGCGCGCCCGCUCGUGCGCCUGCUGCUCGCGCCGCCGCCGCACCACCAGCACCAGCACCAGCACCAGCACCAGCACCAUCAGCACCACCAGCACCUCCAGCACCAGCCGCUCACCGCCUAUGUCAGGAUCAAGGCGAACAUGUCGGGCGGCGGGCUGGUGGUGGCCGUGGAGGCGCGGCGCGCGGCCGCCGGCGAGCACGCGCGCCCGCUGCAGCUGCGCCUGCGCCUGCGCGGCGCCGCCGACCCGCCGCACACGUGGCAGCUGGAGGCGGGCAACAGCGCGGCGGCGAGCGUGCCGCUGGCCGCGCACGUGUGGGCGGCGCGCUGCGGGCCCGCGCCGCUCGCGCCGCCGCCGCCGCCGCCGCCGCCGCUCGGCGCCGCCGCCGUCAACGGCGCCACCGCUAACGGCGCGAGCGGCGCGGGCGCAGCGGGCGUCGUGGCCAGCACGCUGCUGCACGAGCUGCCGCCGCACGCGCCGCCCAUGCCCGCCGCCACGCUCACGCUGCACUUUUCGCAACUGUGGGAGAAUUACCUAUCGGAGAUGGAGGCGGAGAGGAGGCUGGAGGCGGAGAGUUCGGCACGCGGCGCGUGGUGCGCGGGCUGGGUGCGCCUGGGCCGCGCCGCCGUGCCCUACAGCGUGCGGCUACUGCCCGGCGGCGUGCGAGCCCUGCCCGCCGAGCUACACUUCAUAACUGCGAAGGGAGAGGAGGUGUUCAAGGAGCGCGAGUUGCUGUUUCGGAACGAUUUCCCCGUUCCGAUCGAAAUUAUUGAUAUCGAAUACGGGCCCGACUACGAUAAAUAUUUCCAUCGCGCGGCGUGGCGCGGCGCGGCGGCGCUGGCGGCGGGCGGCGCGCGGCGGCUGCGCGUGCGGCUGCGCGCGCCCGCGCCCGCCACCGCUGCGCGCGCGCACCUCACGCUGCGCACCAACGCCUCCGCGAUCACUGUGCCGCUGCACGUCUACGCCGGCACCUUCCACUUCGAGUGGGAGUGGCCGGGCCGACAGGACGGGCAGGACGGGCGGCUGCGCGUGGGCGCGCUGCCGGCGGGCGCGGCGCUGCGCGUGCGGCUGCGCCUGCGCAACCCGGCGCCGGUGGCGCUGUGCGCGGCGCGCGCCGCCGCCGCCGUGCCGCGCGCGCGCGCCGCGCUGCAGCUGCGCGGCCGGCGCUGCGCCGCGCCGGGCGGCAGCGUGGCGGCGGCGCUGCGGCUGGCGGCGCCGGCGCGGCCCGGCCGCCUGGCGGGCGCCGUCUGGGUGCGCUCGCAGCACGCCGCCGCGCGCGCCGCCGUCUCGCUGGCCGCGCGCGCCGGCCGCCUGCGCGCGCCGCCGCUGCUGCUGCCCGCCGCCGCGCCGUAUACAUGGUCGUCGGCGCCGCUGAUACUGGAGAGCACUAUGACCAUCACUGUGCGCGUCCUCAACGUGACGCAGCCGGUGCCCGACCCCGCCGUUAUAUUUGUGAAAGAGGGCUCGGGCACGGUGUGGGGCGGGCGGCACGCGGUGGGCACGGUGCACUACGCGGCCGAGCGGCUGUGCGAGCCCGCGUGCUACGCCGGGCUGGCGCUGCAGUCGGCCGACGGCGCGGCGUGGCUGCGGCGCGCGGCGGCGGCGGCGGCGGCGGGCGACGCGGCGCGCGCCGCGCUGGCGGCCGACGCCGAGCUGGCGGCGGCGCGCCGCGCGCUGCUGGCGCGGCUGGCGCCGGCCGCGCGCAACCUCACGCUGCACCUGCACACCGACCAGGUGGCGCAGGUGGCGGCGGCGGGCCGCGUGCGGCUGCAGUGGCCGCGGCUGGCGGCGGGCGGCGCGGCGGCGGGCGCGGCGGCGGUGGGCGGCGCCGAGCCGCUGCGCGUGCGCGUGCGCAACCCCGCCUCGCGCGCACUGCUGCUGCAGCCCGUGCUGGCCGCGCCGCUGCACCGCCGGCUGCUGCACCACACGCACCACCGGUGGAGUGAAGUGGAAACCAUGUGCGGAAGCGAGGGCUGCGUGUGGGAGCGUGAAGCGUUUGAAUUACGGGAGUGGCGCGCGGCCCGCGGGGAGGUGCGGCUGUGGGCGGGCGAGGAGGGAGAGGGGGCGGACGCGGGGCAGGGGCAGGGGCCGGGGCAGGGGCAGGGGGCGGGGGCGGCGCCGCUGCUGCUGCUGGCGGCGGGCGCGGAGCUGGAGCUGCACAUGAUGUUCACGCCGACGCGCGCCGCGCCGCUCGCCACGCUGCUCUACCUGAGAAAUAACUUGACCAUAUUGGAGAGCAUGCUGAUCUGGGGUCGCGGCGUAUAUCCGACGUUCGAGCUGGACGGCCGGCAGCCGGGCAGCGACGACCCGAUACUAUUCGAGGUGAGCUCGUGCGGCGCGGCGGGCGCGGCGGGCGGCGCGGUGCAGCGCACGGUGGUGGCGCGCAACACUGGCGCGGUGGCGGUGCGGCUGCGCGACUGGCGGCUGGCGGGCCGGCCCUGCGCCGCGCGCGGCUUCCGCCUGCAGCCGUGCGCGCCGCUCACGCUGGCGCCCAACCGCUCGCGCGCGCUCACGCUGGCCUUCGCGCCCGACUACUCGCUGGCGCGCGUGCCCGCCGCGCUCACCGUGCGCGCCGGCGCCGCGCGCGCCGCCUUCGCGCUGCUCGGCGCCGCGCCGGCGCGCCUGCUGCCCGCCUGCGCCGCGCGCCUGCCGCGCCCGCCCGCCGAGCCCGCGCUGCGCGCCGCCGCCGCCACGCUGGCGCUGGCCGCGCUCGCGCUCGUGCUGGCCGCCGCCGCGCUCGACGCCGAGCGCGGGCUGCGGCGCGCGCGCGCCGCCCGCCAGCCCGCGCCGCCCGCCGCGCCGCUCGACCUGCGUGCGCUGCCCGCGCCGCCGCCGCCGCCGCCCGCCGCGCCGCGCCCACCGCCAGCGCGCCGCCGCCGCGCCGCGCGCCGCCCGCCCGCGCCGCUCGACCCGCUCGCCGAGCGCCGCGCCUUCGAGCGCUGGCGCGCCGAGGUACUGCGCCGCGCCGCCGAAGACGACGACCGCUCCAGCGAGGACGCCGACCUGGACCCCGAGACGGCCGCGGAUGCCGCGCCACCCGCCGAGGCCGCUCCGCCUACGCCGGAACCGCCUCCGCCCGAGCCCGACGAGUUCGAAACGCUCGAGGAGCACGCCGGCGACGGCCCCGACGAGGACGGCGCGUUCACCGGGUCCGACGCGUCGACGCCGAGCGAGGAGCGCGACGAACCUGACGAGGAGCGGGACGAGGGCGACGACGAACCACCCCCGAUCGCGAGCACGCCCCCCGACGAGGUUCGCAGCGGACCGCGAGAACCGGAGACGCGCACUGUCCCCACCGACGGAGACGCAGCGACGAGGACGGCGCGCGGCCGCCGUUCGAGCAGUCCCGGGCGGCGCGCCGAUCGACCGCGCGGACCCGACACUGAACCGGCCCGACCACGGGGCGCGGCCGCGCGCCACCACGGCCGCAAAGAGAAGGCAACGCGACGGCGCGGCGCCGAGCGGGCACCCGCCACGCCGCCGCGGGCGCCGCCCACGCCCGGCGACGUGCGUGCGCCGGCCGCGCUGCGGCGCGGCGCCACAUGGAGCUCAGUGGUGGCGGAGGGCGCGGGCGGCGGCAGCGGCGCGACCGGCGUGGCGCCGCAGCUGGCACCCAUCGGCUCGGACGUGCGACGGCGCGCCGAGGCAGGCCGGCCGGGCGCCAACUCGCUGUUCUACUUCAACGAGUCGCCGCCGCCCGCGGCGCCCGAGCCGCAGUACGCGUGGCGCGCCCCGUCCUCCGACUGUGCGCCGUUCUCGACGCCGACUCAUCCUUACAGAGAAAUGGCUGAACAGCCCGGCGCGGUGGGCGGCUACGGGUCUAUCGGGUCGGUGUGGGGCGGCGCGCUGGAACCGCAGGCGCAGCCGGCGGCGGCGUGGCUGUGGGGCGCGUACGGCGGCCGCGGCGCCGCGCCGGCGGCGGCAUCGGCGGCGGCGCCCGACGUGCGGCCGCCGCCCGGCUUCGGCGCGAGUCCGCGGCCGGCGCCGCGCACGUACGACCCGUUCCAGUCGCUGGCCUUCAUCUGGGGCCCGGGCCGCGUGGACUGGCGGCCGGAGCCCGACGACAAGGACGGCCAGUGAGCCCCCGCCUGCGGUCGCGCCGCUCUAGUCGUGCACCCCCGCGGCCGCGACCCGCUCUCGAUAUGUUUACAGUGUUCCCUACUCGAUCGUCUAUUUAAGACUGAAUAAACUUACGUUUCUAAAAUUA